AGUGCUUCGAUUUAGUGUUUCCGUCUCAACAAAAAAAGCUACGAAUUUACGCCGCCCCUGUUUAGCCUGAACAAUCCCCCCAACUUGCUCUCCAAGCGUUCAUUCGGGAAGCCGCCCGGCGACGCGCCGCUCUCCGCCCCGCCUCCCCUCCCCUCCCCUACCACAGCUGCCUCUCCCUUGCCGCCGCGCAGCUCGGGGCGGUGGCCUUGCGGAGCGAUCGGAGCCGCAUCGCUCCACCGCCCAUCCACCUCCUCAUCCUCAUCCUCACCCCAGGGGCGCGAACAACAAGGGGCGGUGGUCUCCCCUGGCAUCCCCCACCAUGCUGCGCCGGUGCGUGCGGGAUCUGCGCUCGCUGCGGUCUCUCGCGAGGAUCCCCAGACCGAUCUCCAGCGAGACUCCAACAUGCCUUAGAUCCAGAAGCAACUCGACAAAGGCAUCUCAAAAGAGUUCAACACAGAACACUGCCCCAGGUCCUCAAGAAGAACCUUCUCAGUCAGGAAGCAAUGUUUCAAAGCUUGUGCUUGGAACUCUUGUGGUCGGUGCUGCAGCUAUGGGUGCACAUCAACUUGGUUAUAUAGAUCUUUCAUCGAUGGACAAGAAAUUACCAUUUAGCUUCAAGAAUCCAGAUGUCGCAAAGGUUUAUGAAGAUUUGAAGGUUCCUUCUGAACAAAUGGUUGACCAGACACAAAUCAUGUCAGAACCUAACACCAAGAUUGUUCAAGCUAGUAAUAAUGAGGCUCAUACUCCAAAGGACCUUCCAAAUGAAGAGGUGGGUGCAUCAGAGACUAGUGAUGGGGAUCAGCUUGUUCCUGCAGAAGGAAAGAAAUCAGAAAUCCUAGCCCACGAGACACAUCCAGUUCCAGAUGAGCAUGGAUCUGAUACUAAACUGCCAUCUCAAGAUUCUCUGGCUGUUGAGAUAAAGCCAGUUGUACUUGAUGAUAAGGAAACAGUUGAAGUUCCUCAUGAACAGCAAACUGAUAAGACAGACAGCACAAUUCCUCCAGUACAGUCAAACACAACAACAGGUAGUCCUUACAAUGAUUCCCCCACAGAUGUAGAUGCAACCAAGGACCUCUCAGGAGCUGAUUUGACUGAACAGAAAUCUCUUGCUGAGACAUAUUUGCUGCAAGAUGAAUCUGAUGUUCCAAAAGAUGCAGCUGCUAAGGAAACUAGAAGGGAUGAAAUUGUUCCUGAAAAAACUUCCAAAGAUGGUAAAGUUGUACUUGAUAUCAUAGAGGCUAUUCAUGCUGCUGAAAAGAAGCAGGCAGAUGCAGAUGCUUACAUGUAUUCGGAAGAGAAAAGAAAGUUGAAGGAGAAAUAUGAAAAGGAGCUGAAGGACACCAGGGCCAGGGAACUAAUGUAUGCAGAAGAGGCAGCAAUUCUUGAUAAGGAAUUGAAGAAAGAGAAACUGAAGAAUGCUGCUGCAGUAAGGGAACUUCAAGAAAAAGCUGAACAAAAAUUGCGGGAUGAGCUGCAGAGGAAGGAUGAAGAAACAAAGCAACAAAUUGAAAAGGCUCAAGAGUUGGCAAAAGCUGAACUGGCUGCAGCUGUUGCAAAAGAGAAAGCAACCCAGAUUGAACAGAUUGCUGAAGCAAACCUCAAUAUUGAUGCGCUGUGUAUGGCAUUUUAUGCACGAUCUGAAGAAGCUAGGCAGAGUCAUUCAGUUCAUAAGCUUGCUCUAGGCACUCUUGCUUUGGAACAUGCUUUAUCCAGUGGAUCACCAAUCAGGUCAGAGGUGGAACUACUGCGUAAAUCUGUCGAAGGCAUUGACAAAGAUUCACUGUUAGAAUUGGCUCUUUCAUCUCUUCCAGAAGAUGUUUUAGAUUAUGGGUCAGAUACACGGAUGGAGUUGAAGCAAAAGUUUAACUCCUUGAAGGAAACUAUCAGACAUUUCAGCCUUAUACCAGCAGGAGGUGGUGGAAUCCUGACACAUGCUCUUGCUCGUGUUGCUUCUUCCAUCAAGAUUAAAGAGGAUAAUUCUGGAGAUGGCAUUGAGUCCCUUAUAAACAGAGUGGAAAGCUUGAUUGUGGACGGAGACUUGAGUACAGCAGCCGAGGCCUUGGAAGGAGGGUUACAUGGAAGUGAAGCAGCUGAAAUAGCUACCGAGUGGGUUAAACAGGCGAGGAAACGCGCAAUCGCCGAGCAGACACUUGCUCUCCUUCAUGCUUGUGCUUCUUCGACCACAUUCUCUUGAUUUUGACCAUGGUUUUUUCCUUCCUUUUUGUUCAACGGGAUAUUGCUGGUUUCAGUAUUCUGUGCAACUGCAUAUUUUCCCCAGACCAUGCUGCGCAUGCGUGGGUGGUGAAUGAGAAAAUCUGAUACUAUAGGGAGCCACUCGGUCUCCAGCGGGCCCUGCUUAACUUUCCUCAUGUAAACAGAGCUAAUAAGUUUUGCCCUGUAGCUACUUGCUGUUCUGACAUUGUAGUCGCCACUUAAAGCAAUGCCUUUUGGAUGCAAUUGCAGAAUGUAAUCCUUUUACAGGCUAUAGUGAUAUCAACUUGUUGGGUUACGUAUGCCAAA